CUCUCUUGAUCAAUGAUGAACGUUGCGUGCCCCUGUGCGCCGGAGCCUGUGAAUCCCUGCCAUAGCCCUCAUAUGGUGACUUCUGAUGACCUGGAAUCAACACGAGGCUGAACCAUGGUCAUUCUGCAACAGGGGGACUAUGUGUGGCUGGAUCUUAAAACGGGCCGGGAGUUUGACGUCCCCGUGGGAGCCGUGGUCAAACUGUGCGACUCUGGACAGAUCCAGGUUCUGGAUGAUGAAGGCCGGGAGCACUGGAUUUCCCCUCAAAAUGCCACCAACAUCAAACCCAUGCACCCAACCUCCAUACAUGGGGUGGAGGACAUGAUCCGUCUGGGUGACCUCAAUGAAGCUGGCAUCCUCCGUAACCUGCUAAUCCGCUAUAAUGAAUGCGUCAUCUACACGUAUACAGGCUCAAUACUGGUAGCAGUCAACCCUUACCAGCUGCUGCCCAUCUAUACUCCAGACCAGAUCCGCCUCUACACCAAUAAGAAGAUCGGCGAGAUGCCGCCGCACAUAUUCGCCAUCGCAGACAACUGUUACUUCAACAUGCAGCGGAACAACAAGGACCAGUGCUGCAUCAUCAGCGGUGAGUCUGGAGCUGGGAAGACUGAGAGCACAAAGCUGAUUCUGCAGUUCCUCGCUGCCAUCAGCGGGCAGCACUCCUGGAUAGAGCAGCAAGUCCUAGAAGCCACGCCUAUCCUCGAAGCUUUCGGCAAUGCCAAGACAAUUCGAAAUGACAACUCCAGUCGCUUUGGGAAGUACAUAGAUAUCCACUUCAACAAGCGAGGGGCCAUUGAAGGAGCCAAAAUAGAGCAGUACCUGCUGGAGAAGUCCCGCGUGUGUCGACAGGCUCCAGAUGAGAGAAACUACCAUAUUUUCUACUGCAUGUUGAAGGGCAUGGCUCCUGAAAUGAAGUCAAAGCUGGGCCUGGGCCUUGCCACAGACUACUCCUACCUCACUAUGGGUAGCUGCACAAAGUGUGACGGUCGUAACGACCUGAGUGAUUAUUCCAGCAUCCUGUCAGCCAUGAAGGUUCUCAUGUUUACCGAGACGGAAACCUGGGAGAUUUCCAAGCUUCUGGCUGCCAUCCUGCAUAUGGGAAACCUGCGAUUCGAGGCUCGUACCUAUGAUAAUUUGGACGCCUGUGUGGUUGUGAGAUCUCCUGACCUGGUGACCGCUGCGUCGCUUAUGGAGGUGGAGCCUAAAGAUGUGAUGGUGUGUUUGACGACACGAACCCUCAUCACACGUGGUGAAAGUGUUGUCACCCCUCUAAGUGUGGAGCAAGGCCUGGAUGUCAGGGACGCCUUUGUUAAGGGGAUCUACGGGAGGUUGUUUAUCUGGAUAGUGGAUAAGAUUAAUGCUGCCAUAUUCCGACCUCCUUCCUGCGAGAGUACCAUCAUCCGAAGAUCCAUCGGUUUGCUGGACAUCUUUGGCUUUGAGAACUUUAUCGUCAACAGUUUUGAGCAGCUGUGCAUCAACUUCGCCAACGAGAACUUGCAGCAAUUCUUUGUCCGCCACGUCUUUAAACUGGAGCAGGAAGAAUACAACCUGGAGGACAUCAGCUGGCAGCACAUUGAGUUCACAGACAACCAGGAUGCAUUGGACAUGAUCGCCAACAAACCCAUGAACAUCAUCUCCCUCAUAGAUGAAGAGAGCAAGUUUCCCAAGGGAACUGAUGCUACGAUGCUGUAUAAGCUCAACUCUCAGCACAAGCUCAACUCCAACUACAUUCCUCCUAAAAACUGCUACGAAACCCAGUUUGGUAUCCAGCACUUUGCAGGAGUGGUACAUUACGAGACCAGAGGCUUCCUGGAGAAAAACCGAGACAGCCUCCACACUGACAUCAUUCAGCUCGUCCACUCGUCCAAGAAUAAGUUCAUCAAGCAGAUCUUCCAGGCUGAUGUUGCCAUGGGCGUUGAGACGAGGAAGCGCUCCCCGACUCUGAGCAGUCAAUUCAAACGAUCUCUGGAGCUGCUGAUGAGGACGCUCAGUGUGUGUCAGCCGUUCUUCGUUCGCUGUAUAAAACCCAACGAACUUAAAAAACCCAUGCUGUUUGAUCGAGAGCUGUGCGUUCGUCAGCUGCGCUACUCUGGCAUGAUGGAGACCAUCCGGAUUAGGCGGGCGGGUUAUCCAAUCAGAUACACCUUCGCCGAAUUUGUGGAUCGUUACCGAGUCCUGAUGCCUGGCGUCAAACCUGCUCACAUACAGGAGGACUUACAGGGAACCUGUCAGCAAAUAGUCCAGGCCCGGCUGGGAAAACAUGAUGACUGGCAGAUUGGAAAGACUAAAAUCUUUCUAAAGGAUCACCACGACAUGCAGCUGGAGAUAGAGAGGGACAACGCCAUCACCGACAAGGUCAUCCUUAUCCAGAAGGCUGUGCGUGGGCUUAAAGAGAGAACAAACUUCCUCAGACUGAAGGGCGCUGUGACUGUUAUUCAGAAGGUCUGGAGGGGUUACCGGUGCAGAAAGAAUUACCAAAUUAUGCAGUCCGGCUUCUUGCGCCUCCAGGCCGUCUACAGGUCGAGGAAGCACUACCGAAGCUACCGGACGACUCGCCUUCGUGUGACUCUCAUCCAAGCCCGUUGCCGCGGUUUCCUCAUCCGGCAGGCAUUUUGGCGGCGUCUUCGUGCCGUGUUGACCAUCCAGGCCUACACCAGGGGCAUGAUAGCCAGACGCCUCUGCCAGAGGCUCAGGGCAGAGCUGCAGCAUCGACUGGAAGCUGAGCGCCAGCGCCUGGCUGAGGAGGAGCAGCUGCGAAACCAGAUGACAGUUCGGCGGGCGAAGGCUGAGGCUGAAAGGAAACACCAGGAGCGGCUAAUCCAGCUGGCACAGCAGCAAGAGGACAGGGAGCGGGAGGAAAAGGAGGAGUCGAGGAGGAAGAAGGAGCUGCUGGAGCAGAUGGAGAGGGAGAAGGAGCAGCCAGUCGACCACUCGGACAUGGUUGACCGUAUGUUUGGUUUCUUGGGGAACUCCGGGCCACUGCCCAACCAGGAUGGACAGGCACCAGCUGGUUUUGAAGAUUUGGAAAACACGCCUUGUGGUGAGGAAGCUGAAGAGGAGGUUUUGAGCGAGGCUCCCCCGUUACCUGACGAGGAAGAGGAGGAUUUGUCAGAGUAUAAAUUCUCCAAGUUUGCAGCCACCUACUUCCAGGGUGUCUCCAUCCACACCUACAUCAGACGGGCACUGAAACAACCUCUGCUUUUCCACGAGGACGAAGGAGACCAGCUGGCGGCUUUAGCUGUAUGGAUCACUGUGUUGAGGUUCAUGGGCGACCUCCCGGAACCCAAAUGCCCGAUGGUCAUCAACGACGGCAGCGAGAAGAUCCCCGUCAUGACAAAGAUCUAUGAAACCCUCGGCAAGAGGACCUACAAGCGAGAGCUGCAGGAGCUGCAGGUGGAGGGAGAGAACAGCUCCAUAGACAGCCAGAAGAGGAACAGCGUCAGGCAUAAACUCGUGUCACUCACUCUGAAGAGGAAGUCCAAGAUCACUGAGGAGGUCACCAGGCGGCUGACAGAGGGGGACUACAGUCUCCAGGGAAACAGCAUGCUGGAGGACCGACCCACCUCCAACCUGGAGAAACUUCACUUCAUCAUCGGCAACGGCAUCUUGCGGCCCACCCUCAGUGUGUCAGUGCCUUUGUAUCUACGGACAUUUUUGAAAAACGGUCCUCCGGGUUACGCUCCCUACUGCGAGGAGAGGUUGAGGAGGACGUUUGUCAACCGCACUCGAAUGCAGCCGCCGUCUUGGUUGGAACUGCAGGUGUCGUCUUUGGGCAGCGGUAACGAUCACGUCAUGGACGCCAUCUCGCAGUGUGAGCAGUACGCAAAGGAGCAGGGCGCCCAGGAGAGGAAUGCUCCCUGGAGGCUGUUCUUCAGGAAGGAGAUCUUCAGCCCCUGGCACAACCCUGCCAAGGACUACGUUGCCACAAACCUCAUUUAUCAGCAGAUCGUCCGGGGGGUGAAAUUCGGAGAGUACCGCUGUGAGAGGGAGGAGGACUUGGCAGAACUGGCCUCUCAGCAGUACUACGUGGAUUACGGCUCCGAGGUCCUCCAGGAUCGUCUGCUCAGCCUCAUUCCGUCCUACAUCCCCGACAGAGAAAUCACCUCCACUAAGACUGCAGAGAAGUGGGUUCAGCUCAUCAUCAGCGCCCAUAAAAAGGGAGUACAAAUGAAAAGGAGGGUAAACACGCAGAAGGUGAAGGAGGAUGUGGUGGAUUUUGCUCGUUUAAAGUGGCCUUUACUCUUCUCACGCUUCUACGAGGCCUUCAAAUUCUCUGGGCCUAGCCUGCCCAAGAAUGACGUUAUCGUAGCGGUGAACUGGACCGGCGUUUACUUUGUGGAUGAACAGGAGCAGGUCCUUCUCGAGCUCUCUUUCCCAGAGAUCAUGGCUGUGUCCAGCAGCAGAGGGGGUAAACUCCAGGGACAGAGCUUCACUCUGGCCACCAUCAAAGGAGACGAGUAUACGUUCACCUCCAACAAUGCAGAGGACAUCCGCGACCUGGUGGUCUCCUUCCUCGAGGGUCUAAGGAAGAGAUCCAAAUAUGUGGUGGGACUGCUAGACUGCCUGAACCCACUAGGGGUAGAUUCCAACUUCCUGAGUUUUGCUAAAGGAGAUCUGAUCAUCUUGGACGAACAUGACGGAGAGCAUGUGAUGAACUCUGGCUGGGCACACGGCGUCAAUGACAGAACCAAACAGAGAGGGGACUUCCCUGCUGACUGUGUCUAUGUGCUACCUACUAUCACCCGACCACAGUAUGAUAUAGUGGCUCUCGUCACCAUGACUCCUGAUCAGAGGCGCGAGUCUAUCGGUUUGUCCCAGAUUAACCUUUCGGACCAAGAGGAUAAAUCUAAGGCCUACACUCUGGAGGAGUUUUCCUACGACUACUUCAGGCCUCCUCCAAAGAGUACUCUGAGCAGGGUGGUGAUCUCGAAAGCUCGAGGGAAGGAGCGUCUGUGGAGCUGCACCCGCGAGCCUCUCAAACAGCCUCUAUUGAAGAAAGUCCUGGCUCACGACGAGCUCUCCCAGGAGGCCUGCCUUGCCUUCAUAGCUGUGAUGAAGUAUAUGGGCGACUACCCGUCCAAACGAGUGCGUUCUGUCAACGAGCUCACCGAUCAGAUAUUCGAAGGAGCCCUGAAGGCCGAGCCGCUCAAAGACGAAAUCUUCUGCCAGAUUCUCAAACAGCUAACAGACAAUCACAUUAAGUACAGUGAGGAGAAGGGCUGGGAGCUGCUGUGGCUCUGCACUGGUUUGUUUCCUCCCAGUAACAUCCUGCUGCCUCAUGUCCAGAAGUUUCUGCAAGCCAAGAAACACUAUCCUCUGGCUCCAGACUGCAUGCAGCGGCUGCAGAAAGCCUUACGAAACGGAUCAAGGAAGUACCCUCCUCACCUGGUGGAGGUGGAGGCCAUCCAGCACAAGACGACGCAAAUCUUCCACAAAGUUUACUUCCCUGACGAUUCAGACGAGGUGUUUGAGGUGGAGUCGAGCACGAAAGCCAAAGACUUCUGCCACAACAUCUCCGGACGUCUGAUGCUCAAAUCCUCCGAGGGCUUCAGUCUCUUCGUCAAGAUCACUGACAAGGUCAUCAGCGUGCCUGACGGCGACUUCUUCUUUGACUUUGUGAGGCACCUGACUGACUGGAUCAAGAAAGCCAGACAUGUAAAAGAUGGUGUAGUGCCUUCUCUGACCUACCAGGUGUUCUUCAUGAAGAAGCUGUGGACUAAUACACUUCCUGGAAAGGACUCCAUGGCUGAUUCCAUCUUCCACUACUACCAGGAGCUGCCGAAGUAUCUGCGUGGCUACCACAAGUGCUCAAAGGAGGAGGUACACCAGCUGGCAGCGCUGAUCUACAGGGUGAAGUUUGAGGAGGAUAAAUCCCACUUCCACAAUAUUUCCAAGAUCCUGAAGGAGCUCGUCCCCCAGGACCAGAUCAGACAUUUGUCCCCCGACGACUGGAAGCGGUCCAUCGUGUCGCUGUUCAACAAGCACUCAGGGAAGACUCGGGAAGAAGCCAAACUCUCCUUCCUCAAAAUCAUUUACAAGUGGCCCACGUUUGGUUCGGCCUUCUUCGAAGUCAAGCAAAUAACUGAUCCUAAUUACCCAGAAACCCUCCUGAUAGCAAUCAACAAACAUGGAGUCAGUCUGAUUGAUCCCAAGUCUAAGGACAUCCUCAUCACUCACCCUUUCACCAAGAUCUCCAACUGGAGCAGCGGCAACACGUACUUUCACAUCACCAUUGGAAACCUGGUGCGAGGCAGCAAGCUGCUGUGUGAAACGUCCCUGGGCUACAAAAUGGACGACCUCCUGACCUCUUACAUCAGCCAGAUGCUGACGACGAUGACCAAACAGCGAACGUCCCGGGGCAACAGCAAGUGAGCAGAAGGCUGGAAAGUCAUUGAUCCCAUUUGAUCGAAGCUGGACACAAACACCCACACGGCAGAAUGUAAAAAACGCGCUAAUGGCUGACUGUGACGCUCUAAUGUUUUCACACUAUAACAUCGGUCCUGUCUUAAAACUCACCCGCUGCCUUUAAAUGACUUUUUCCUGAAGCUGGACUUUGUGUAAUUGCAGUGAUUAGCAGUGACGUUUAUUCUCUGUGCUGUAAAGUGUGACACAUUCAACUUUCAAUGAAACCACUUUUCACAUGUCUUGACUGAAGUGUGCAAAAAGAUUUUUAUACUAUUAACAUCUGCACUGAAACAGCUGGGCCUGUAUUUAUAAAGUGUCACUAAGUAGGAACUUGGUCCUACAUAGGCUGAAAGUGAUGAAUGCAACUGUUCUCGUUUGACUGUGUUAGGGGAGCACAGUUAAAUGUCUUGUUUGGCAUCAUCGAUGAACCGAUCCUUAAAACACUACAUUUAAAAUCUGGAGCCAGUCAUUUUUAGUGUUUCUGUUAGAAAAGAAAUAGCAGUUAGAUCAUUUUCUGUCCUAUUAAUCUCCAUCUUAACAUGCCGGUUUCAAAUCUGAAGAAGCAUCCUUGUCACUUUUCCAUAAAGUCUCAAAGAAAUCUUGCUAUGUUGGACCUGGUGAUAUUUACGCAGAGAGGUAUGCACGAGAUUUAUGCGUGCACACUUCUUGUGUCAAAUCAACAGUUGUUAUUUUUCAGAUCUUUGAAUUGCUUCUACUUUAUAGAUCAUAUUCUUGAUUAUAAUUCAUUAAGAAUAUAAAAUGGCAUAAAAGUUCAACUAGAAUCCUAAAGGCAUGAACAAACUCCCAUUUAUACAAUUUAGACUCAUUCUUUAGAAACUGAUCUAAGGAGCUUGGAAAGAAAAGCAUCUGGACUUUAAGUUUCUCCAGAUGCUUUUCAAGCUCCUCAAACUACGAUGACCUGGAUGACUGAGAAUCUUCACAGACAUUUAAAAAAUGAUCCAAUAUAAGAAAAUUUCCCAGUCUCACCGUCUGUUUUCCAUUGAAAAAUUCAAGGAUCGUAAUAUACUUCCUAAAUUCACUUCCGUUCAUUUAGAUAAACAACUCUCACCUCAAAUCGCUUUAUAUUGUAAGGUACAGACCCUUCAAUAAUACUACAAUAAUGAUAUUUCUCACAGAAAAACUGCCAAAUUUUACCCCUGCAUCUCUAGUUUGGUCAUGACAAUAUUUUUCUGAUGACGUUAGGGGCGUUUCCAAACCUUUUCUGAGCAGAAUUUUCUCUGGAGCUACUUUUUUUAUCUGCAUAUUCAAAAUUUGAAAAGGUGUUCCGCCUCAGAGCGUCUGUGUUGGCUCAAAAGAAAAUGCCACUAACCUCAUCACAAAAAAUGUUUUUAGGCAGACUAAUAACAUUAGAAAUCUGAUAUUUACACAACUCACAAGUUUGUAGACUUAAGACUUGCCAGGUCUCUCUCGGAAAUGAGAUUUUUAAUCUCAAUGAGAUUUUUUUUAGAUAAAUAAAGGACUAAUAAAUAUCAAUGAUGACUCUACUUGAACCUUUGGAACCCCACCGGACUGACUGCAGGUCAAGUCAAAAUGAUGCUGCAUUAUUUUUGAAUUAAUGGAUUAAUUUGUGCCGUUAUUGUACCCAAAUCUUUAUAAUCCCAAGAGAUUCUGUGAUGCUUCAUUCAUCCCUGACUUUUAACUAUGGCUAUCUGAAGCAACAUCUCCCCAUAACAUUAGUCGUCUGGUUCUUUUUGUUUAUUUAACUUGUAGGUAGUGUUCUUAUUUAUGCUUACAGUUGUCCCAAGGUUAUUAAAUCAACGUUAUGACAUUUAGAAAAAAAAAUUGUACAUUUCAGAUGUGUUCCUUUUUUCUUCUUCUUUGAUUUGAUCGAUUUGUUACACUUUGCCAAUUUUCACAGUCAACCUCAACCACAUCAGGAACAAUCUCCAAACCUGUAAACACUAUCUGGACUUGAACAUAGCACUGAUGUGGAGGAAAUACGAGUAAUGUUGCUUUUACUUCAUCGUUAGCAUCCCAUGUGUGUGCCACAAAGUUCAAGCACUCUUUGUAUCCAGUAGGGAUUUUUUUUCAGUGUCUCCAUGUGUACUGUAGCUGGUAAAUGAUUCGUAUUUGUCUCUUCCUUUUUUAAUAUAUGAAUUUAGUAUUAAUUUGUAAAUCAUAACAGAGUUAUGUUUGUUCUGGAUGAUGUUUAUGAAGCAGAAAUUAUUUCAUCCAUAUGACCACAUAUCUUAUGUUGUAGAAAUAAUAAAUAACAUUUUCCAAAGAGUCCUGUGUGGUUGCAACAUGAGAUUUUAGAUGCCAGAG